AUGGGUCAAAGGGAUGAUGUCGCCUUUGCAACGCCAUUAAAUAAUAUGGCUAGUGGAUGUAUGUCACCUGAAGAUGUCAAUUUAAUUGAAGGUCAGUGCUUUAGUAACUCAUCACUUCCAGACACGUGUAAGGGCGCAGUUCAUCUAUUCAGCAGUAACCGAGAAGUUGAUGAGCAUAAUUCUAAAAUACUCUCAAAUAUGACUACCGAAGGAGCGAUAUUCCGGGCUGUGGAUAGAGUAAGUGGCGAAACUAAUCCUGCUAUGAAAGAAAAAGCUCUAAAUACAGUUGCCAAGUUACCUACGUCUCAAACCUACGGAUUACCUAAUGCUAUAACUUUAAAAGUCACGGCUAAAUAUAUGAUGACAGUAAAUAUUAACACGUCAGACGGACUAGUGAAUAGAACCACGGGGGUACUGACUGCGAUUGAAUUUGCAGUCAAUCCUACUACCGGUGAGAGAAGACCAUUACGCAUUUGA